UUAUUCACCUGACAAAUACUAAUUAAAAUAAAAAUAAAUAAUUGGAGUGGGUUUUCUUCCUUGACUGUCACCAGCGCAUUAUAGCACACCACACAAAAAAGCAGAAGAACUGUCGCUCACACAAAAUACCAUUACUCAUGCUCUGCUUUCCUUGGUAGUUGAUUAGUAAUUUUAGUGGUUACAACCAAAAGGGUUUCAGUGGAGAUGGCGUCGGUUGGCGUGGCACCAACUUCGGGUUUUAGAGAAGCCAGUGGUAAUGGUGAAAUUGGUGUUGAUGUAUUGCCAGAGGAAAUGAAUGAUAUGAAAAUUAGGGAUGAUAGGGAAAUGGAAGCUACUGUUGUUGACAGCGGCAAUGGGACGGAGACUGGACAUAUUAUUGUGACUACUAUUGGUGGUAGAAAUGGUCAGCCAAAGCAGACUAUAAGCUAUAUGGCAGAGCGUGUUGUAGGACAUGGGUCAUUUGGAGUUGUCUUCCAGGCUAAGUGCUUGGAAACUGGUGAAACUGUGGCUAUCAAAAAGGUUCUUCAAGACAAGAGGUAUAAGAACCGGGAAUUGCAAACAAUGCGCCUUCUUGAUCACCCAAAUGUUGUCUCCUUAAAGCAUUGUUUCUUUUCAACCACUGAAAAGGAUGAACUAUACCUUAAUCUGGUACUUGAGUAUGUUCCUGAAACAGUUCAUCGCGUCAUUAAGCAUUACAACAAGUUGAACCAAAGGAUGCCGAUGAUUUAUGUGAAGCUCUAUACAUACCAGAUCUUUAGAGCAUUAUCUUAUAUUCAUCGUUGUAUUGGAGUCUGCCAUCGAGAUAUCAAACCUCAAAAUCUAUUGGUCAAUCCACACACCCACCAGGUUAAAUUAUGUGACUUUGGAAGUGCAAAAGUCUUGGUUAAAGGCGAACCAAAUAUAUCGUAUAUAUGUUCAAGGUAUUACAGAGCACCUGAGCUUAUUUUUGGAGCAACUGAAUAUACUACAGCUAUUGAUGUAUGGUCUGUUGGUUGUGUUUUGGCUGAACUGCUGCUUGGACAGCCGUUGUUUCCUGGUGAGAGUGGAGUUGAUCAGCUUGUUGAGAUCAUCAAGGUUUUGGGAACUCCGACUAGAGAAGAGAUUAAAUGCAUGAAUCCUAAUUAUACAGAAUUUAAAUUCCCUCAAAUCAAAGCACAUCCAUGGCACAAGAUCUUCCAUAAGCGCAUGCCUCCAGAAGCUGUUGAUUUGGUAUCAAGAUUAUUACAAUACUCCCCAAAUCUACGGUGCCAAGCUUUAGAUGCCUUAACCCAUCCUUUCUUUGAUGAGCUUCGUGAACCUAACGCUCGCUUGCCAACUGGCCGUUUCCUUCCACCACUAUUUAACUUCAAACCUCACGAACUGAAAGGAGUCCCACUCGAGACCUUGGUGAAAUUGGUUCCAGAGCAUGCAAGGAAGCAAUGCCCGUUUCUUGGCUUGUAAUAUGUUGUGAAAUGUAACAAUACCGCAAGUGUUGUUUCAAUAUGAAUGCUAUGCAUUCAUUCUAUUUGAUGAUGUGGUAUUUAUUAGUAUCUUUGUUGUAAUUGGUUGCCCUGUGAAAGAAAAUUUAGAGAUAUAUGCUAUCCCAUAUUACCCAACCUUGAUGGGUAUUCACUAUUCAGAAUACCCUGUUUCGUGUAUCACGGCAGAAUGUAACAUGCAAUAGAAGACAAGUGUUUGCAAUUAUCUAAAUGUUGUACCAGUAUUUGUACUUGUGGAGAUAAUGACGAGAUGUUGUUUAAUUUA